AUGAUGGUGGUUCGACUCUCGCUGGCUGCAGCCUUCAGGUGUGUAUUUGUCCAGAGUUACGUCUGGCUGGCAGGUCUCAAAAACACAAAGCUCUCUCAGGGGCUCCCGGACUGUGGAGAAAAACCACGGUCUGGCGACCUGGGAACGCUGUUCCCCGCGGGGUGUUUCUCAUCACGGGACAUGGGUGUUGGCAUGAGCGCAGCUCAGGUUAUGGGCCUGCCAGCAGGGAGGACCAACACAAAGCCCCCGAUUGUCAUCCACCUGCCCCCCGCCAGCCGGCUCGCAAGAUCUGAGUUGAGGAACUCCUGGCUGGGAAGCCCUUUGGCCAAGACAGACACGUAUUUACGUUUCGCGGAUGCACGCUUAGGUUUCCCAGGUGUGCCUGGAGUUGGGGAUGAUGCACAGUCUGACAGGAGGGCCGCAGCACACUUCACAACUCCAUCCAGGACGUUCUGGAUCAUCUUGUCCAUUGCCUUGUUUUUUGCAGUAGUUGGCAUCAGCGUCGUGGGGGUUCUCAGCUUCUCCCCCAGCGCUGCCCAGGCUGGCUCGCAGCUCGUCCGGCUAACGCUCCAGGGCCAGCAAGACCCCCUGAGGAACCAGACAGCCUUGGUGGACAAGUCCAGGAGCACCGUGACCUACUACGUAACCUCGCAGAGUAACCACACCAGUGUGGUGCUGUAUGACAGCAGGAACGGCUAUGUGUGCUACAAGCCCAUGGAGCAGCAUACGUGCUACCUGAGGAGGAUGGACACCUGGGACGUCCAGACCCUACAGACAUCUCUCAACACGUCUGAGCAGAGAGCUGAUCAGCUGCUACAUCAGAAUAACGAGACCGAGUACUACCGGGAGUUCCUGGGCAUUCUGGCGGGGGAACAGGUGGACCCCAAAAGCCUGGGGGAAGCUGUCCAGACCCUGUGUGAACAGACAUCCAUCUUCUGGGUCAGGAGAGGGGAAGGUCCAGGGAAGCAGCGGCUGAUCUACCUGUGCAUUGACAUCUGUUUUCCAAGCAACAUUUGUGUGUCUAUCUGCUUCUAUUACCUCCCUGAGUAAGUCCUGCAGCUGCGGAUGCCCUCUCACUGCUCUAAAUACUUGAACUGGAGUCCUGAAAAGCCUCUGAUUUCAACAAGGAAGGUAAUAUCUACA